GCUCAAGGGCCUACCGCCUGGCUACCGGCAGGGUCCGCGCCCCCCCUGGGCGCACACUGCCAGCAGGAGCCAUGGAUAUCGACCUGCUCCAUCCGGAGAUGGACCCGCGGGAGGAAAAGACCAGGCACAAGUUGAAGCGCAUGAUCCAGACCCCGAACAGCUUCUUCAUGGACGUCAAGUGCCCAGGCUGCUUGCAGAUCACCACCGUCUACAGCCACGCGCAGACGGUCGUCCUUUGCGGGAAUUGCAACGUGAUGCUCUGCCAGCCGACUGGCGGCCUCACCCGCCUGACGGAGGGGUGCUCCUUCCGGAAGAAGGCCGACUGAGCCGCCUGCGAGUGCGCUGCCGCUGGAGGGGGCGGGCCUUCUUUUCGGACGACGACGACGACGGCGGCGGCGGCGGCGGCGGCGGCGGCAUCGCUCCUCGCGCCACCGCGCGUGUCUCCGCGGGAUCGCGCCCCGGGAUCCAGACUGCGAUGGCGUGGCUAUGGAUACGCUCGCCGCCCGUGGGCAGCGCCCGACGGAGCGCGCCAUCGGCGGAGGGGCGGGCCUCCCGCGCCGGGGGCGCCGAAGCAGGGGUCAGCGCUGACGGGGCCGGCGAAUCCCCUCCCAGAAGGCGAGGGCGGGGGCUCUGGUCGGCCUCUAUGCGUUUCUCGGUGUCGGAUCUCGCGGUCCGCGCCCUCCGCUGACGUGGGUCCGGGAGCCACUUCGAGGCCGGCCCCGGUUCGCGACGAGGUUUUGGCUUGAUGACCCUCAGGACGCAUGCCGGCCCAAUGUAUAUGUGCUGCG